GGUGGACGGAACGAUGAAAACGCUCGUGUUUUUCUUCUUUUCUCUGGGUUGUUUUGGAGCAACACAACAGGACGAGACUAAAGGUGUCUCCAGAACAUACGUCACAGAGGGGGAAGAUGCCGUCCUUCACUGUUCUUCUGUAGAAAGCCUUGAGAACACAGUGGUAGACUGGAUGAACCAAGAUAAAGACGUGUUCCUCUACGACAGAGGCCGGCACUACAAGAACGGGCUGUGCUGUCAAGAUGAGCAGUACAAAGGACGAGCGUCACUUUUCUACGACGAGCUGAAGAACGGAAACGCAUCCUUGAUCCUUAACAACACAAGGAUUGAAGACACGGGGACUUACACCUGCAUACUUCCACGUUUGAGUUCUAGAAUCCAAAGGUCCACGGUGGAGCUCAUCGUCGGUGUCUCCAGAACGUACGUCACAGAGGGGGAAGAUGCCGUCCUUCACUGUUCUUCUGUAGAAAGCCUUGAGAACACCGUGGUAGACUGGAUGAACCAAGAUAAAUUAGUGUUCCUCUACUACAGAGGCCGGCACUACGAGAACGGGCUGUGCUGUCAAGAUGAGCAGUACAUGGGACGAGUGUCACUUUUCUACGACGAGCUGAAGAACGGAAACGCAUCCUUGAUCCUCAGAGACACAAGGAUUGAAGACACGGGGACUUACACCUGCACACUUCCACGUUUGAGUUCUGGAAUCCAAAGGUCCACGGUGGAGCUCAUCGUCGGUGUCUCCAGAACGUACGUCAAGGAGGGGGAAGACGUUGUCCUUCACUGUUCUUCUGUAGACAAUCAGAGUCUCAAAAACUCACUGAUAAGUUGGGAAAACAUAAAUGGUAAAGACUUGUUCCUCUAUAUGCUUGGACAUCACACUGAGGACGGCUGGUGCUGUCAGGAUGAGCAGUACAGAGGACGAGUGUCACUUUUCUACGACGAGCUGAAGAACGGAAACGCAUCCAUGAUCCUCAGAGACACGAGGAUUGAAGACACGGGGAUUUACACCUGUGAUAUUCCAGGUUUGAGUUCUGGAAGGCAAAUAUUCACGAUGGAGCUCAUCGUCGAACGGGUCCUCAGGAACAGAAUUGGACUUGAAAAAGGAGCCGUUCAGGCGCCAGUCCUUGAAAUAUCUGACGUGUCAGAGGCCGGCGUGGAGCUCCAGUGUGUGGUCAGAGGUUCUUCAUCAAAGCCGAGUGUAGAGUGGCAGACGUGUGAAGGAACCUCUCUUAAUUCAGAGGAGCCACUGGUCUCUGAGACACGAGGCCGUUACGACACCACGCUCCUCGUCACUGUGACGGAGACGAAGACCAACUGCUUCCGCUGCGUGGUCAAACAGGAGGACAUUUACCACAGGACUGAUGAGGAGUUCAUUAUGCCAAAGAAACUCUUUGAGAAAAAGUCCUGCCACAGCACAGGUGUUCUCGUAGGCAUGUUUUUUGCUGGAGUUUUCACAGUUGUGUUACCUCUGCUGGCUCUGGUUCUGAUCUUCAUAAGACGCAGAAGUCGACUGAACAUGGAGAGAAAAGAAGAGGAGAAGAUGAUGAACGUCAUAUCCAGUAACAUGACCUCAGAUCAAAACAUUGGAAACGGAAGCACUGACACCAAGAACAUGAGGAAUGACACAGUGAAGACAGAGGAGGAGACAGAGGGGGAGACAGAAAAGGAGACAGAGGAGAAGACAGAGGAGGAGACAGAGGAGAAGACAGAGGAGGAGACAGAGAAGGAGACAGAGGAGGAGACAGAGAAGGAGACAGAGGAGGAGACAGAGAAGGAGACAGAGGAGAAGACAGAGGAGGAGACAGAGGAGAAGACAGAGGAGAAGACAGAGGAGGAGACAGAGAAGGAGACAGAGAAGGAGACAGAGGAGAAGACAGAGGAGGAGACAGAGGAGAAGACAGAGGAGGAGACAGAGAAGGAGACAGAGGAGGAGACAGAGAAGGAGACAGAGGAGAAGACAGAGGAGGAGACAGAGAAGGAGACAGAGGAGAAGACAGAGGAGGAGACAGAGGAGAAGACAGAGGAGGAGACAGAGAAGGAGACAGAGGAGAAGACAGAGGAGGAGACAGAGGAGAAGACAGAGGAGAAGACAGAGGAGGAGACAGAGAAGGAGACAGAGAAGGAGACAGAGAAGGAGACCGAGGAGGAGACCGAGGAGGAGAGGCUCUUGUCCAGUGACAGCUCAGGUUCAGCUUCAGACCCCGGGGCCAAAAGGAGAAAAAAAUCCCACUUUGAAUGUAAAAAUAACCCAAACGAUAUGAAGUUAGUCAUAUGAGCUUCAAAUGUUAUCAGGUUUGUGUCUGUAGACGUGUUCGGGGUCGGUCUCUUGUGUCACGUAUGAAGUUUCGAAGCGAUCGAUCAAUGCAUGUUGAAGUUUCAGGGCACUUCCUGUUUCGUGCCAAAUGGUCGGUUUUUAUGUUGUAUGAUAAACGCCCACUUCCUGUUGAGUUGAGGCCGUGGUCCCAAUGGAAUCUUUUGUUCGUCUUGAUCUAUUACGAGUUCCCACCAAGUUUCGUGAAAUUUGGUGGAACUUAAUUUUGACUUGCUCCAUCCACCUUUGGCCUUAGGGGGCGCUAUAGAGCUGUUAUCUGUUCUUCCUUCAGAUUAUUAUAAUCUCCAUGGCGUUGCGAUCAUUUUUGAGCGGGUUAACUUGAAAUUUAGCAUGGAGGUCAGGUCUGGUGAAAAUGUGAUAUUGGCAUAGUUCCCCGACCUGUGCUUUGCUCAAGUGUUGUUAUAGCGCCCCCUAAGGUGAAAACAGAGGCAAAAUUGAGUUGAGAAUUGGGUGGAAAGAUGUCACAGACCAAGACGAACAAAACAGUUGACAGUAACCAUGGCCUCAACUCAACAGAAAGUCGGCCAUUUUGGCGAUUUGCGCCCUACGUAAAUGAGCGAAAUCGUCCGAGCUCGUUUGUUGGACCGACACAAAAACACACCAUUUAGUCGACCAUUUUGCCACAAAACAGGAAGUGCCUUACGACUUCGUCACACAUUGACUGAUCGCCUCGAUAAAUCAUACGGGACACAACACACCGACCCUGAACAUGUAUACGUUAAGUAUUAUGAUGCAUAUUUUAUGUCUGUAGCGUUUCCUGUGUAACAGACGAUCGAUUCUAGAGCCGAUGGAAUGGCAAUUAAUCGUCCAAAGAGAAUUUUUUAUAUAUAUAUUUUAUAACUCCAGCUGUCAAAGAGAGAAGCUAAAAGCUGCGUUGAUUGCUGUCUAUAGAAUUUUAAUUUUAUUUUAUAUUUUUACCGCUUUAAUGAAAGAAUUUUUACAUUUUUAAAUCUGUUUUUAAACAGGUCAGGUUCAUUCAGCAUGUUUCCAGUGUCAGUGAAAACACAUUUCCUCUGAUGCAAUAUUCUAUAUUACCUGUGUGUGAGCUCUUAUUAGUCAUAAUUUAGUGCAAUAAUUAAAGUGAAGAUGUAGAUGAAUGUAAUGUUUCUGACGUCAUUUAAAACACUGUGUCUCUUAUGCUUCAAUGCCCUUAAAUCUACACACUGGUGCUUAGAGACAAUGUGUUUACACUGUUACCCUUUAUGUAUUUAAGGAACAUUUUUAAGCUCAAUGAAUUUUCAUGUAAAAAGAAAGCUGUGCCUUCUUUAUUUACUGUAUGUACAUGAUUUACUUUAAUAAUGUAAAAUAAAGGUUUGUUUACUU